CGAAUUGUUAUUGGAGACUGGAAACAACGUAAUGUAAACAGCGAUCUUGCCGAAAAUACUCAUAUAUUUUUAACGAAAGAUCGAUAUUAGAAUCCACAAAAAUGGAGAAUAAUAACUUGGAUCAUACAAAUGGGUAUGCUAGCUAUCCUAAUCUAGAAGAACAACUCAAAGAAAGUAACGAAAAAGAAAAAGAUUCGAUGGAAGUUCCCUCGACUCCGYUWCAACCUACAUCWCCUGCACCACAAGAUAAAGUACAAGAAACUGACUUCGAUUUUUGGAAAGUGAACAGUUAUAAAAAGACRGUUAGGCGAGUAGACGAUGGCGCUAAGAUGGCUGAUGAUUUUAUGAAGAUGGUUAGCGAGAGAGCAGAGCUAGAAAGCCAGUACUCUUUAAAGUUACAAGGCUGGAGUAAAAAAUGGUCUGACUUGAUAUCUAAAGGUCCUGAAUAUGGUUCCUGUAAAUCAUCCAUGCUUGAAUUUACACAGGAAGCCCAACAGCUAGCUGUAAUCCAYUGUGAGCUUCAGAAUCAGUUGAUAAACAAUGUAUAUAACAGUAUAACGUCAUGGAAGGCUGAAAACUAUCAUAAGUCCUUGUUGAGCUGGAAAGAAACYAAAAUAGCUGAAGAGAGUUUUAGUAAAGCRCAGAAACCUUGGGCAAAGAAGUAUGACGAAGUAAUGAAAUGCAAGAGGUCUUACUUCACAGCUUGCAGAGCACGCGAUCAAGCCGAGAAACUCUACAACAACAGCACUGUCGAAUCAAGUAACGUGACAGAGGAACAGACCAAGAAACUUAAAGACAAACUUACUAAAUCAGAAACCGAGGUGUCUUCCACUCAGUCAAAAUACAAGGAGGCCAUUCGCGAUAUGACAAACUACAACCCAAAGUACAAAGAAGACAUGAUUUUUGUCUUUGACAAGUUGCAAGAGACUGAAGAGAAGAGAAAAACGUUUGUCAAGGAGACGAUGAGAUCACUUUGUAAAUGUCUUGAUCCAGGACAGUUCUUUGAAAGGUUGGCACAUAUAUACGAUCACCUUGGACAUGCAAUUGAAAAGUUCAGUCCAGGAGAUGACGUAUCUUGGUGGUCAGCGGCGUAUGGAAAGGACAUGCCCAUCACAUGGCUAGAAUACGAGGAAUAUGAACCUGGAGCUGUAGAUACAACUAUCACACAGAACCCUUCAAGUCAAUCGAAGAACACAGUGAAAUCAGACAAAGAUGAUGCCAAACCCAAUGGAAAAAGUUCUGUGUGCGCAACAUUAUGACAAUCCACGAGUUAACCAAAAACUAUGAUAACCCACGAGUUGACCRGAAACUGAAAAUCCAUGAGUUAAUCAGAAACUAUGAUAACCAACGAUUUACACGAAAACUGUUAAAAUCCGCGAGUUCACCAAAACUAUGACAAUCAACGAGUUUGUCAGAUACUUCGGCCAUGAGACUUUAUUGAUCUUCACUUGAAGAAAUCCUUAUAAUCUAUACCUUUAUAUUUUUCAUAUUUUCCGUUUGUUUUUUUCCUUUACUAUCCAAUGUCUUCGUCGUUCUUUCUUCUUCACUUUCGUUCUUUCUUCUUUAAGUUUCCUAUUCUCAUCUUUCAAUAUUUCAUUUUCCCUUUCUUUCAUUCAGUCGUUUCCAAUUUUCACCAAGGAUCAUUAUGUAUACUACUCUCCCUUCCUAUAUCAGUUCAACCUCUACUUUUGUAAAGAGAUAUCCAUCUCCGAGUUGAUAUUUAUUUGUAUAUAUUUGUAUAAAUUUUAACAACAUUUUACAAAGCAUACACAUUUCUAUUUAUUGAAAUAUUGAAAUGAAUUCACAUCUUAAAAAUGUAAAUAGUUCAAUUUCUAGAACURAUUUUAAAGGAUAUAUUUCAAUGAUACGUUUAUUCAGCAUCAAUAUAAUAAUAUGUAUACUCAUUGAUUUAAAUUAUUCAUUAAACGCUUCGUUACUGUUCUUAACUAACAGUUUGUGAUGUGAUUCAUAGCAGUCUUUAAGCAUAACAGGGCAUAAUGUAAUUACUAGUACAUGUUAAUAAUGAAAAUCAGCAGAAGGGCGCAAGUUUUGCCGAUGAAAAAAAUUGAGAAGCCAUUUUGAGCGUAACUGUUUUAUCUCUAUAGUUUCAUCUGAACUUUUUUUCCCCCACAGAGAUCCUUACUUAAGCAACGAAGGGUGGAUUUUUUAUUAGAAAGCUAUUUGCAAUUAACAUGUAUAGCGUGCGAGGGAAUAAAGGGCUCUCCUCAUCCAAUCAAACCACGUGUAUACUAAAAACCAACGUAAAAUCAAGGUUGGGCAACCAACAAACCUGCUAAUAAUAGAAAAGUGCUUGUAAUACAAUUAUU